CAUAUCCGAUGGGAAUUCGAAGGCAGAAAAUAAUAUAGAGGAGUGUUGUUUAGGAAUGCCUUGAAAAUUAACGUUUCGUACUAACGGCGGUAGGUAAUUCCAAUCAAAAAUGGGUUGCUGUGGAGGAAGAACCAUCCUUUUCUUCAUCUUAGUCCUUCAAAUGGUACGUAUCACGUUCCAAAAUUUCUUGGCGUUGCAUUCGGCCUGCUUUGAAGACGUAGGCACGAUAAGCUUAUCAGGAUACACAAGCUUAUUUUAAGAACUCUUUAGAAUAAUAAACAUUGAUAACAGUGCCAUCGCUGACUAAUAAUGUAUUCUCCAUUCGCUUUGUUUGUAUAGCUGGUGGUUGUGGAGCGACAAGUUUUCGAUUUCUUGGGAUUCAUGUGGGCGCCUAUCAUCGCAAAUUUCAUCCAUAUUGCUUUCCUCAUCACAGGAAUCUUUGGUGCCUAUCAAUACCGCUCUGCUUAUGUUAUAACGGUAAGAAUUAUUUGUGUGUAUGUGGGGAAAAAUUCACCAACUUCUGGCUGAGCGGAUGAUGAUAUAAACACUGAAGCGAAACACAAAGUUAACAUUGCUUCAGCAAUUAGUGUACAAAAUUUUUGGCAUGAUUCCUUUGCAUGAGUCAACCACUUGCUGUUUCCAUUGAGUGUACUUUUACACAAUACAUUUUCGUGCCGUGUAAGACCGAAAACUGCUCGAUCCCUCCUUCUUUAUUUCUAAUACGAAUGACUAGACGUCUAGUAAUUGUUGCUGAAAGAUUUAGAACUUCGAAUUUACGUCAGUGAGUAUCUUCAAAACUUAGUCCUUCUGGAACUAUUGAUCCAAUUGAUUUUCCGUGUACAUUAGCGUUGUCACUGAUUACGUCAGAAGGGGGAUAGAUAUUGUAUUUAAUGUUGUACCAUCAACAUCAUAGGUCCAAUUUUUAUUACCUUCGUGAGUUACUGAAACGAGUUUUGCGUUACGUUCCAAAAAUAUCAAUGUUAUGCAAAUCCUGUUAAGUAAUUUGAAAUACCCUAUUGGCUGCUAAUUUCCUCUACUAUAUUCCUUAAACAUCAUUUCCCUUUGAAUACAGACCACAGCAUGUGGUAUUGUUAAUAAAGAAGUUUGAAUAAUAAUUUUCUUACGGUAAAAAAUGUUGUAACUCUUUGCUAAGGAUUUUACUUGUACUAAAAUUUAUUCAUGAUCCAGUCACGUUUAUUUUAAGUACUCUACCAUUUCAAAAUUGUUGACAUGUCAAUGAGGUGAAUUGUGCGUGAAAAUUUGAUUAAGAUAAUUACAAUAGACAACAUUUUUGCAAAAGUUCUUUUUGAAUAAUUUUGUGUGAAAUCACUAAACUUAGAAAAUAGUUGAUGAAUGAAAUAUUGAGUUUGGUUGAAAUAUCACAGUUUAUAUAGGGUAGAAAAAUGUUUUCAUUUGAAUAUUUGGCAUGAUUUCUCCACAGCCCCACACUUCAUUAUGCAUUCAGUUCUUGGAUAAAGAAAACAAUGACUGAAACAAUAGAUUUCCUAAAGCUUUGUUUUAGAAUAGUGUUGGGUCAUGUGCAAACCAUGUAUUUGUUGUGGUUCAAUUUUAUCCUUGGUUCAGAUUUUAUUCUCUUUUGUUUUUGGGUAUUGUAAUGUAUGAUAAUGAGUUUGAAACAAGGGAAAAUUAAAUUUGAACCAAGGAUAAAAUGGAACCAUGUCUUAAUGUCUUUAAGCCGGUUUUUGGUACAGAGAUAUUGCAAGCUAAUUUCAUUUCUACAUUUUAACAGAAAAAUCUUUUUUUCUUUGCUAUACGAUUAUAUUUUGUAAUUAUUGUAUAUGUAGGUAAUUUAGUGUUAACAACUGGCUUGAAAACGUAAAUUAGCCAUCGUAAAGAGUAAAAAAGCUGAUGUUUUGAGCGUUAGCCCUUCGUCAGAGUGAUUGGAGGAAUUGUGGGUUGUGUGUGGGUUUAUAUGCAGAAAGUGGAGCAAGUCAGUCACCUAGUCAUCUUCCUGUUUCGCUGAUGGCAGAAGACGAAGACAAAAACAGGAAGAUGAAAGACAAAGAUGAAAGACGAAGACGAAAGUGAAAACAGGAAGACAACUAGGUGACCGAUUCUGAGAACACCUUCACAACGUGGAAAGAAAUGACAAGGAUGCAUCCAAACCAGUCGCUAGACACUUUAAUCUUCCUAAUCAUUCUAAACAGAAUAUGGCAGUUUGCAGCCUUUCCUUAUAUCUAGGCAGUUCAGAAAGCCAUAAAACCCUAGAACAAAAAUUUAUCUUCCAAAUCGGCACCCUUAAUCCCCACGGAAUCAAUGAGCACCUUUCAUUCAACUAAUUUAUUCCUGUUUUCUCGUCACCAUAUUCCCACCAAUGGCGUAGCUCCACUUUCUGCAUAUAAACCCACACACAACCCACAAUUCCUCCAAUCACUCUGACAAAGGGCUAACGCUUGAAACGUUAGCUUUUUUACUCUUUACGGUGGCUAAUUUACGUUUUCAACCCAGUUGUUAACACUAAAUUACCUGCUAUACUCUCCCACCGAUAUAGCACCACAGUUUCUUUAGAAACUUACCCCUUUAUUCAUUUAUUGUAUAUGUAUAUUACUACACAGAUACUUACUGAUGGACAAUGAUAAUUGAAUAAUUAACCCCUUAGCUCCCUUGAGUGACCAAAACAGCAUUUCUCCUUACAAUAUCAGUACAAUAUUCAGCAGAAACGUAAUGAGAAUAAAGAAGAAGAUCAAUAAGGGGACUACUUGUUGAUCCAGUACCAAAUUCUGCGAACUAACAUUAUAAGAAUUGUAUGGUAGAUAGUAAGGAGAAUUACUGAUGCAAUCUUGAAGGGAAAGGGUUUAAAGGGUAAAGGAACUUUUAGUAAGCAAUAUAUGAAUUCCUGUUGAUUUAUUUUCCUCAUUUUUUAUUUCAGUAUUCAGUUUGGUGCCUUAUUUGGUUUGGAAUUAAUCUCACUAUCAUGUCUUUGUAUCUGGAAAUUGACAGACUGACUCAUGUAAGAUUACAGUUAUGUUUAGCUUAAUGGUUUUAUGAAUUAAUGUUAUCAUCAUCAAAUGAUUGUCAUCUAAUUUUUCAAACUUUCAGCCUUUGUUUGAGGUUUUUGGGAUUGUAAGUUCUUAAAAAUGUUUUUCGAUUAUACAUUUAGUGCAUUUGUUAUUGGGCAUGCAACAAAUAUUGUAAUUAUUAAUGAAUGCAAGUUUCCUGUGAAGACUAAAAACCCAAUCAGUUGCAAUGUCAGGUCAGAUGCUCAACUAAUAACUGAGCUGUAUGUAUAACUGCCAUUUACAUCUAGUAGGUAGCCUAGCCUCGAACAAUGUCCUGUACAUGCUUUACAAUGCUACAAGGACCAGUUAUAGUAUGUUCAAAAUUUCACUUCUGAAGAGAAGGAAAGAAUGAUGGAUAUUUUUAAGCUGAACUGUCAUCUUUGGAAAGGGACAAACAAAAUCUGAUCUCUCUCUAAUUUGCAAAGCCUAGUUUCAAUAUUUGGUUUUUCCAAGAGAUCUUAUUUGGUCUUGAAUGCUGAGGCUAAGUAUUUGUCAAUAGUGAUACAAAUGUGCAGAAUAUAAAAUGUUGUUAUAAUUGUAAAUAAAAUUAUUUUAAAAUGUUUCAUGAUCUCUGGUUUACCUGUAAUUAACUGAUUCUUACCUACACUAAAAAUUUUUCAAAAUGUAACUGUAUUUUGCUCUUUGCUUGUGUUAAUUGUGUAGAAAGAUGAUUGGUUAAGUCUGAAAACUGGUCAUCAGAGCUGGUGGGCAGAAAAUGGCAUUGGAUGUGAAACUAAGUCUUCAACAAAUGAUGGUACUGAGAGUCCAACAGAUGGAUGCUUACUUCUCUUCACAGUUAGUAUACUGUACCUGUUAUCCUGUUGCAUGUAAAAUUCUCUCUAAGCAUAUAAUUAUUUUUGAUGAUUGUCCUCAAUUGUUUUGGCAACUCUUUAAGGUUACUGAUGGUGUUUUAAGAAUGUAGGGGAUUGUAAAAGUUAGAUUCAGAGAAACCAAUAAAAUGAGAAAUACUGAUGGUGAACAAAGUUAAGAUGAUCAUCCAAAAAGGUUGAUUAAAUGUAAAGAAGAGAGUUGCUCAAUUGCCUGAAUCCUUUGCUGCAUUAUGUUGAAAGAAACAUAAUUAUUGGAGGUAUUUUUGUUUGUAGUAUGUGGAAUCAGUUCAAGCUGCGGCAGAAUGCAUAUUGGCAGUAAGUGGACAACACACUUUGCACCACAUACACAAUAAUUAUUCCUGUUCCUGUUUUAGAAUUAAAUCAAUUACUGAAAGCAGUGAAUGGUUCUGAUCAAAUUAAUUUAUUUGAGUCUUUUUUUGGGGGGGGGGAGAGGGCUUCAAAUAACUCUGUCAGAAGAAGUUUUAUAAUUCUUGUUUGUUCUUAUGGGAACGGUUGGAUGCAGAGUCAGUGGGAGUCCUGCAAGCCCACUUCUCCUCUUUCCCCCCCUCCCCUCCCCUCCAUUAACUUUUAGGCUCGUCAUGAUAGUGACUCUCCCUACUGUACAUCUGCCGUGUAAAUAACCUGUGUUGAUUUGGAGAAUAUAGUAAUGAAUCAAAUAGUAUCCUCUGGUUGAUAUUUUGUUUUCUUCUGGUUACAUUUCUGCUGGAUAUCAAAUUGUUGUUGUAAGGAAAAUUUCAUUCUUCAUCACUGCUGGGAGUUAAAAGGGUUGUCCCUGCCUGCCAUGCAAUAAUGUGUAAUGUAUGGGAAAGACUGUGCAAUCAUAUAUCUCCAACCAUUUUUAAUGACUGUUGCUCUUUAGUUUAUAGGUUUCUGGUUAGGCUGUUGGGUCUCCAGGUCUUUUACAGACGAAGAUGACCAUUGUAAGCAAGUCCUACUUUUGUGUUAAAAAUUGAGAGAUUUAGUCUAAGAGCUUUUUUAGGUUUACCCAAAUGUAGCAAGUUUUAAUAGUCUCUUGCUACCUUGGCACUUGCUUCUGGUGUGAUGUUUUUAAAGUAAGUUCAAAAGAAAGGUAUAUUUAAACUAUGCACCAGAAUCCACAUGCUAUGACUUUUAUCGUCACCAUCAACAACUAUAUAUGAAAUUAUGAAAAUGACACAAUACUCUUAAUUUAUUUUGAUUGUGUUGUUUCUCUGUCAUAGUUGACUUCAUUGGUGGUUUUGAUUCUAAUUCUGCUCACCAUCCACCUUCAAAAUCAUCGCGAAUGCAAAUGCAACCGAUUUAUAUGUAA